AUGUUUCAGCUCGCAUCAAAAAGGCAAUAUAAUCCAGUUUACUACGCAUUUUUGAAAGCGCUGGCAUGGACAAUUCAAAAGCUCCCAGACACAGCCGCAGUAUUUCUUCUCAGAAUAGUAAAGUUCACCUUCACCUUCUUUCCGCAUCUCUGUUUUGCGAUUCUAUCAUUGAUUCCGAUUAUUGUGCGUUUUUGUGGAAAUAUCUCGUUCCCAAUCUGGCCUUUGCCGGAGAUCAUUCAAUGGAGUCUAUCCAGCGCUUUUGCUCGUGCAGCUGCCGACGAAAAUGAACCGGCUCCUUCCACUCCCGAGAAAUCUAAUCAUGCUAGAAAGACAGAACGAGCAGCUGUUCAGGAAAGAACUCCGUCAAAAAAUGCAUCAAGGAAGAAACAUUCAUCAAAUGAGAUCCGGUCGCGUAUGAGCGCAAGCAGCGUGAAGAAGCACAAACUAGCAAUUUCACCCGUUUCCACCAUCAAAAUCGAUCCUCAUGCCCUGAAAGAAAGGAUUUCAGAUUCCAUGGAACUUCCUGAAACACAGCGUAAAGAUUCCGCUACCAUUAUUCAAUCGCUCACGAAUCUUGCUGCUAAUCUUUUUGGAAACGCAGAGUCAAAGUCAUCCGAGUUGAUUUCCCCAAUCACAAGCGCAGGCGAAGUCAGCUUCUCAUCAGAGACAACUCAAAUCUCCGACGACGAUAGAAUCUUCCGUGAGAAUCCAUCCGUAGCUGCCCCCAGACAGAAGCCACAGACGAAGACUCUUUACAAAUACACCAAUGACGACUCCCAGCAGCAUGGAAACUGGUUUCCUUCCGCUUCUAGUCGAAUAGUAGAGAGCGCCACGUGCUUCGAAAGAGAACGUAAACUUCAAGACAGAAUCGAGUUUUUACGAAGCUCGAUCAAGAAAGGCAUUGAUGGAAUGAACAGAGUGCUCGAUAAUAUGCAGCAAGCAAGAUACAGAGAUCAAGUUCUGAAUGGCGAGAUUUCCACCGACGAGUAUUUUGACAAUAUCGCUCACAUCCAUUGA